AUGGUCGAUCCAAACAACCAAUUUCAGAAACAACUAGAUGAGGUUGUAAAUCAAGCAAAAAGAUAUACAUCGGAUAUUGAAAUCUAUACAAAAGAACAUGUUGAUGAUCCACCAGAACAAUUAGAAGCUGAAUUACAUUUACGAAUAAAUAAUUUUCGUCAAGAUAUAACACAACAAUUAAAUAAUGUUAAUAAUUCAAUAACACAACAUCGUCCAAUACAAGGACAAAAUGAUCCUGAUUAUGAAAAUAAACGACAAAAAUAUAAAGAAUUUUUAACAGAAUCUAAUAGAUCAAUAAAUAAAAUGAAAGAAACACUAGAUAAUUUAUUAACUAAAAUUGUUGAUGUAAUUAAACAAGUUAUAAUAUGGCUUGCUGAAAAUCUACCAAAAAUAGUUGACGCAAUUAUUAAAUUGUAUGAUAUGGUUAUUAAACCACUAAUGGAACAAUAUCAACGUCGUCCUUAA